AUGGUCUUAAAAUACAUGUGUUUCUAUUACCAAUCUUAAUAAUUUGACUUCACUUAAUUGUUUAUUAAAUACAGGUUUAUGUUUUAGAUGGUAUGGACUACAGAGCAAUCAAAAUUAAGGAUUUUGUGGUCCUUGCAAAUAAAUAUCAUUAGCAACAAAGGCUUAAUGUACUUGUUCUGA